GUCAACUGUCAUCUAACAGUAGAGAAAAAUCAUAAAAGCAUGGAAGGAGAAAAAACUGAGGUUUUUGAGAAUUAUAAUUGUAGUAUGAAAUUCCAUAUGUACAGUUAAACAUUUAAUCUGAUAAAUAUCCUUCGAGAUAUAAAUUAUCGGUGUAUGUAAAUCAGUGACUUAACUCAAUAGGAUAUUUAUUGAUCGGUCGCGAAAGUAUUCACUUUACGGUCGUCAUCCAGUCAAGUUUGUAGAAAUUAUUUUAUAACUUCUAUUAGUAACUAAUACUAUCAACCGGACAAAAAUGAAAGCAGAAUGAAGUGCCAUUACGAGGUCCUGUGCAUAUCGCGCGAUGCAAGUGCAUCUGAAAUUAAAAAAUCGUACCGCAAACUUGCGCUGCAAUGGCACCCGGAUAAAAACUUGGAAAACUUGCUAGAAGCUAAAGAUCAGUUUCAAUUAGUGCAAACAGCAUAUGAGGUCCUCUCCGAUCCCCAAGAACGUGCUUGGUAUGACAACCAUAGAGAGCAGCUACUGAAAGGUGCCGGUAGUUCUUAUAAUGAUGACAGCUUGGAUGUUUAUCCAUACUUUAGCCCAUCAUGUUAUAAGGGUUUUGGAGAUGAUCCUCAAGGAUUUUAUGGAGUUUACACUGAGGUAUUCUCAAAGCUGGCCAGUGAGGAAACUGAUUUUCUUGAUGAUCCUGAAGAUUUAACUAAAAUACCAAAAUUUGGCAAUUCUACCACUGCUUAUGAGGAUGUUCAUGAGUUUUAUGCCUAUUGGAUGGCAUUCUCUACUAACAAAAGCUAUGUAUGGCUUGAUCAAUAUGAAAUAUCGCAAGGUGACAACAGAAGAGUUAUUAAACUUAUGGAAAAAGAAAAUAAUAAAAUAAGACAGAAGGCUCGUAAGGAACGCAAUGAAGAAAUUAGGAGGUUAGUCAGUUAUGUACGACGACGUGAUAAGAGAGUUAUUGAACAUACAAAAUUGCUUCAAGAAAAGGCUGAAGAAAAUAAAAGAAAGUCAGAACAAAUUAGACGAGAAAGAAUAAUUCAAAGACAAAAAGAAAUAGAAGAAGCAAAAAUGAAGGAGGGAGAAUCAUCAUUUUUGCAAAGUGAAGACUAUCAAAAAAAAUUAAGUGAAAUUGAGUCUUUAUUAGCUGAAGAGUUCGGCUUGUCAUCUGAUGAUGAAACUAUAUCUGAAGGUGGUAUGGAAAGUAGUAAUGAAGAGAGCUCUAAGACAGAAGAGGCAAGUGAAGCUUCAAGAGCAACAAAAUCUUCACCGAGAGGCAGAGCAGCUCUGAAAAACUUAUACUGCUCAGCAUGCAAUAAACUAUUUAAAAAUAUAAACUCAUUUGAAAAUCAUGAAAAUAGUAAAAAACAUAAAGAAAAUGUGGCUAAUAUGAUUCUUGAAGAUGAACUAGAUUUAUUAGACCAGGAAGCAAUGGACAAAAUUGAAGCUGAAAACCAAGAAAAUAUUGAUGUCAAUGGAGAACCAAAUAGGGAAAAUGAACAAGUAGGAAAUUCUACAUCAGAUGUUAGGGAGACAUUGAGUGAUGACUCUGAUAAAGUACAGGCAUUACCAAAAAGCCACAAGAAAAAGAAAAAUAAGAAGAAGUCCUUUGUUCCAAUGCCAGAAAGUGAGGGAAAUGACAGCCAUGAUGAGAUGAGCUUUAAUGAAAUAGAAGGUCCAGCUCGCAGUAGGAAAGCUAAAAAAUUUAAUAUGCUGAAAAGCCAAUUACAAGCAAAAAAGGAAGCUAAUCUUAAAAAAGGUUCCCAAUCCCAAACAUCUACUGAGAACCUAUAUGAAGUUUCUAGUACUACACCUACUGAUGAUGCUUUAGGUGAGGCAGUCCUCCCUAGUCCCAGAGACAAGCCUACCUUACCUAAAGUUCAAAGAAAUAUGAAGCCCAAAAAGCUAGUGGAUAGGAAAACAAUGAAGCCCAAGGCAAGUGAAACUGAGGACUCAAGUAGUGCAGUUAAUCUUAGAUGUGUUAUCUGUCAAACAGACUUUCCAUCUAAAAAUAAACUGUUUGAACACCUCAAAAAGACAGGUCAUUCUGUUCCAAUUCCACAAACUAGCUGUGCUCAAAGAAAAGGCAAACGGUCAAAUAGAUAAAUGCUAUACUAUUUAGUUAGGAAUAAAUACUAUCUAUUCAGAAAUCAUAAUGAAUUUCUUUAUCUCUCUACAAAUAUGAAAUGACUAUCAUUCUAUUUAUUAAACAAUAUUAAUUAUGGAUCAUAAUUAUUAUGCCUAAAUAAAUAAAUUUUAUUUCAAA